GCAGCUUUCGACUAUCAUCGUCCUACCGUUAGCAGCCCAUUUGGGUGACCCCUAAUUAGCACACCUGCUGACCCCUCCUCCCCCCACCACCACCAGCAGCAGCAGCAGCGAGUGACCGUCGUUGGCAGAUUUGUUAUUUAUUUGGGAGACAAACCCCCCCCCCAGCACAAUGUCGACGACACUGCAGGCAAGGGCAGAGAAGCUGUUCCACAGCCUGGACACGGACGGCAAUGGUCGCAUUGACUUCAAGGAGCUGAGGAAUGGUCUGCGCACCAUGGGGAUGACCCUGCUGCCCGGGGACGAGGAGCGGCUCAUGAGGGAGGCUGACAGCAAUGGGAAUCACCAACUCGACUACGAAGAGUUCUGCGUCUUCCUGGAGAGACGCAGGGACAAACUCAAGGCUGUCUUUUCCUCAAUCGAUAAAAAUGUGGAUGGCAAACUCAGCGUCGAGGAGAUCAAGCAAGCAGUGGAGCAGCAGGGCCUCGCGCUCAACCCGCGUCGGGCGAAAGUUCUCCUGUACAAGUUGGACCGCGACGGCUCGUCCACCAUCGACUGGGACGAGUGGCUGGACUUCUACCUGCUGCACCCGGCCGACAGCAUGGAGCAAAUUGUGCAGCGCUGGACCCACUCCAUGAUCUUCAACGCCGGCGACGGACUCAUCAUCCCGCAGGAGUGCGAGGAUGGCGUCACGUGGUGGCGCCACCUCCUGGCGGGGGGCGGGGCUUGCGCCGUCUCCUACUCGAGCACCGCGCCACUACUGCGCCUGCGCGUGGAGAUGCAGGUGCGUGGCACUCCGGAGCGGCCGCUGCACAUGGCCGAGAGCGUGAGGAGGAUGAUCCGCGAGGGCGGGUUGCGCGCCCUUUGGAGGGGGAACGGAGCCAACGUCGUCAAGAUGCUGCCCGAGUCCGCCAUCAUGCAGAUGACCUACGAGCAGCUGAAGAAGUAUUUCCGCGGGGAGAAGCAGCGAGUCAGCACGAGCGACCGCUUUGCCGCAGGCUGCAUCGCCGGUGGCGUCUCCUCCUCCAUCGUCUACCCGCUGGAGGUGUUGAGGACGCGUCUCACUCUGCGCACGACGGGGCAGUACGCGAGCAUGGUGGACUGCGCGAGGCAGGUGGUGCAGGCCGAGGGCUGGAGGGCGUUCUACAAGGGCCUUACCCCACACAUGGUCGCCCUGCUGCCUCACGCUGGCAUCGACCUGGCGCUCUAUGAGACCCUGAAGGAGCUGUGGCUGCAGCACUGCGAGACUGAGCACACGGAGCCAGGCUUGGGGGCAAUGCUGGCGUGCGGCGCCGUGUCCAGCACGUGUGCCCAGCUGGGCAGCUACCCCCUGCUGCUGAUCAAGACCAGGAUGCAGGCCGGAGCCGUGCUGAACGGUGCUCAGGGCUCAGCGCAAGUCGGGAUGUGGGCCUCGCUGUGGCAGCUGGGGGCACGCGGUGGCCUGCUGGGCCUCUACCGCGGCAUCGUGCCCACGUUCGCGCGCGUCAUCCCGAGCGCGGCCGUUUGCAGCGCCGUGUACGACCACAUGAAGCGCGGCCUCGGAGUGACGCACGAUGCCGGGGAGCAGUGCCAGUGCGCUCACGACGAGGAGGACCUCGCCAGGUGAAAGCGAACAAGGGGUGAGCGGCGAGCGGCUGUGACAUUUCGUCGCGGGAAAUUUAAAAUAAAUAAUAGGAUUGAGAGGUAAACCGGGUAGCUCAGAGGUCCGAGUGCUGAGCUGGUCGACCUAAGAUCCUGGGUUUUGAGUCCAAAUUUCAGCUGUCUAUUGUAUUUUUCAACUGGAUUCUCUGGUAUCGCGUCAACGGUCUCAGCUCGGUGACAAACGACCGCACAAAACGAAUACAAUUAUAUUUGGGUCUGCGGUUAUUUGGCUAAAUUCCAACUCUGAGAGUUACACAUCUGUGUUGACUGUCAUGCUGUGAACAUUUACUCUCAGUGGAUGUUUUCAGUAAGCCUAAGAAAUAAGCCAAUGCCCGAUGGUGAACGGAUUACUCAAGAGAGAAACCGUCAUGGAAGCGUCUGUGUGUGGUUUGGCAAACGCUCGACAGCGCGACCCACAUGUUGAUGGUUUGCUGUGGAGUAGUUUCCUAAACCCCAGUGAUUGAAAUAUACCACGGCAAGCCUUUCGAUCAACUUUACAAAUGAAAUCAUUAAAAGUUGCAUGCGACCGACGAUUGGUAAACACAGUUCACAUGACGUUGAGAGAAGCACUUAUUCAGAGUAAGAAUACUUUUAUUUGAACGAGCUCCGUCAUGGGUGGUGUACACGGACACACAUACACGACAUUCACAAUUUGUCUAACCUAAAAGUAACCAAUUAUGGAUCGUAACAUUGAUUGUGAAAGCACGCACAAAGAAUAUCUUAACCUAUUUUAAACCAUCACCCUUAACGUCACGUUGCACAUGUCGGCACGUGCAGAGCGCGACAACGAGAACUGUCUUUGAAGGGAGACGAUAGGUAAAGAGAGAAGAUAUAGGUCGUGAGGACUGCAGUACAACACUUUCAAGUUAACGCUUCCUCUAGGACCGUGGUUCUUAACCUGGGGUGCACGCAACCGCUGGGGCUUGAGAGAUGCCCUUUCCGUGGUGGGUGCGAUACAUGGCCUUAUUUUUUAAAUCCUUUAUAUUAAGUUCACUUGCUUGCGCGCUUACGACCGUGCAAAUCUUUCGGUCGUUUUUUAACCCACUUCCCGUGAUACAAUCGAGCUGACAUUUUGCACACAGACUCGUUGUGCGUGACAAUUUAUUUUCGUCAAAAUUUUUUUCCAAAAUGUUCAACAUUUUAGGAAUUUAUAAAAAUAUUUAAUUACCAAUUGCUUAAUGGUGGCAGGCAAUCAUCUGACCCAUAGGUGGCAGCCAUCUCAAGCCAGAGGACGAGAGGACUCUAGCCGCCACGCAUAUAAAGGAUUUAUAGUGAAAAACUUUGUUUUUACGGGUUAAUUUUUUUAAAGGUAAUUCAUCGAAAACACAAAUUAGGCACGGGCACGUAAGUACAACUACUUUGUUUAAUCAAACCUAUGUAUUUAUUCACAUUCUACAUUUUAUUUUUUUACGAUUGAGAACCAAAGGAGUGCAAGGCUGCGGCAAAAUGUUUAAGAACCGCCACUCUCGGAGAUGCUGGCGAUAUCGAGUGCAGCAGAGGGCGUUGCUUCUGGUGGUGAAGAGAUUCCUGGAGAUUAACCGCGAUGGGGGGAGAGGAAGCUUGUGCCUGGAGGAUGCCAUGGCGCGAUGACGAGGUAAGGGUAAGGCAACGGUGGGCAAUCAACUCGAUAUCCCUUCUCACCGACAUGAGCCUUGAUCAAUCCACUGCUGGACGAAAGCUUCCCCAAGCCUUUGCCUUCUCGCAUGGUCCAGCAAAGCAAGGAUCCAUGUAGCUACUACACACAAGCUGAUGUUAUUGCGCCAUCUCUAUACACACAAGCUGAUGUUAUGGGGCAUGUCUUCUUGGGCGUGUUCCCUCCUUGGCCUGACACUCUGUCGUUAGUCUCGACCACCGCUGGCCAUCGUCCCACUUCGUGACACGUCCAGACCGAGCCCAAUAACUUAUAUUCAGUCACGUAUUGAUAUCGUGUAUUGACUCCUGGAGGAUACAUUUCCGUAAAAUUAAAACUCAUGCUGUAUGUAUAUACACAAUUU